AUGCCGUCACAUCAGUCACCUUCUGUCAAUCUUGGAUGUUUAUCGCAGUCUUGUGAGUCACCGAUGUUCGUUGGUUCGCCUGAUGUUUGGAAAGACUGUACGAAUUCGAUGCGAUCCUUUGAGGAGCUUGUGGAUCAGUACGAGGCGGAAGCACUUCAACUCAAUGAAACGUCGCUAGCUAGCAUCGAGGCGAAUAUCACUAGAUCUCUUUGUAUCGUCAUUGUUUCUAAACCACUCAUGGCUCGAUCUUUGAUGGCUCCUUGGCUGCGAGUUGUCGGUCUUUCUCAGCUGAAUGUUCACUAUCUGGAGAUUUCUGGUGUUAUCGAUCUCAACGUUUUGUUCAUGAAGGCCGAAAAAGAUCUAAGGUUGCUUGCUGAUCGUGGAAAAUUCCAUCCAGAAGUGAAGCGAAAGUUCGUGCGGUCAACAAUUGUAGCUCAGAAAUGUUUGAAGCUAUUCAAAGCGGCGCGAGAACGUGGCGUGGACGUGACUCCAUUUGCAGAUCAGCAGCUGUCGUGGUCUGUGUGUUCUCCGCCUUGUCCUAAGAAAAGCAACUUGUGGGGUGCUUUGAGCGCUGAAUCAGCGAGCCCUCCAAGUCCUCAGUUCAUCGUAACUCCUGUGGACGCCGAAGAUUGCACCGAGCAAGACUCGCCUUCGGACCCAAUUCGCGACUCCCUCGGCUCAAUAUCCGUAGCGUCCACAUCGCAUAGCCAAAACAUGACGCUCUCUGAUACUAGUACACCCGAAAGGUUCUACUCAAAACAUGAUCUUCAUCAUUGGAUUAAAUCCGUUGCAAUGAAAUUCUGGCAACGAUCUGUUCUGUCGCUUUUCGAUAACGAUGUGGAGGAACAGAAAAGUCGUAGUGCAUCCGCUAGUGGCGGCUCGUUGGCAGUUUCCGUGUCCUCGCUUGGUGCUGCUGGUGUCACACAUCGUGCGCACACCCUUUCUCCACCGUCUCCAGUUGCUUGUGGAAGCACACAAUCGACACCAACCCUGGGUGCCAGUAGUCGUGUGGUACAGUCUACAAGCAUGCAAUUUGGCGUGCAAAAGUCGCCUAAACCGUCAAGGCUCGUGCAUGCGAUUCCGCACAAGUGGACAAAGACGACGAAGUUUCGUUUGAAUAGUGAUUCAGUUUGUCAUUUUUGUCAGCGUCCUCUUGGCUUCGGUUUUCUUCACGCAUGGGAGAAAUGUCGUUCAUGCAAAUGGAAGGUGCACACACAUUGUCGAAGUCGUAUAGGAGAUUCUUGUGGUCUAACACCAGAGCACUUACGAAUUCUUUUCGACAAACUCGUCCAGCAAAAUAACGGAGAUAUUUGGAAUGAUCCACAAAGUGCUGUGCCGAUGUCACGGUCGUUAAACGAACCCGCAUUCCAGUAUCCGGACUCAACGAUGGGGAUAGGUGAUAGUUCGUCUUCGACGAACAGUUCAGCACCGAGCACACCAGCACUUCCGUUAGGUCUCGGACACGUGAGCAGUCCGUAUUCCCUAGCCACUGCCCCAUCGAGAACUAGCGAACGUAAAUUCACGUUUCCAGAUGCUCUGCCAGAAGUGCCUGACAUUGUGCUCCCUGAUAUGAGCGACAGUGAAGGUAGAUCGUCGGGAUGGACAAGCAGCAGUGCAGAUUACGGUGAAGGGCCAUCCUCAUUGAGUGCUAGACAUGGAGAAGGCAGCGAAGGCACAGUGAUUGUCGACUCAACUGGCAGCGGAGGAACUGAAGUUGGCCUGAGUGAUGGCUCUACCGGAGGACGAUCGCCAUCUGGAAGUCAAGGUGGCCAUACGUGGGAUAGAAAUAGGUGGAAUAUGAGCACGAUAAGAGGUCCUAAUGCACAGGCUAGCUGGAAUGAAGUGUCAAUACCAUUCCAAAAGAUCGAGUUUGACAAGAAUGCAGUUGUGCGAGGUCGAUUCGGCUACGUCCAACGAGGCUAUCAUUUUGGUGACGUGGCCAUAAAGUUUCUUAAUAUGGACCAUGUUGAGGAAUCCAAACGACUAGACGAGUUUAAGUCAGAAGUGGCGGCUCACAAGAAUACUCGGCACGACAAUAUUGUUUUGUUCCUUGGUUAUUGUCUCGAUACGGGCAAAUAUGGCAUUGUAAUGAGUUAUUGCAAAGGACCGUCGCUAUAUCAUAUCUUGCAUGAAAAGAACGAACCCAUAGACAUUGGAGCUGUACUUGUAAUUGCGACUCAGAUUUGCCAGGGAGUUUCAUAUCUCCAUCAGAAGAAGAUUCUCCACAAAGAUCUCCGCUCGAAGAACAUUUUCAUUGAAAGCAAAAACAAAGUCGUCAUAACCGAUUUCGGACUGUUCAGCAUGAAACGACUUCGACAUCCACAUAGGGACCAUACCAUAUUGACUUCAUCACAUUGGUUGUCAUAUUUGGCUCCGGAACUUAUUCGAACAUUGAGUGAAGAUUGGAGAGAAUUACCAUUUUCGGAAAGUACUGAUGUGUUUGCAUUCAGUACGGUCUGGUUUGAGUUACUGACAUCCUCUUUUCCUUUCGCUGGUGAAUGUUCGAAUCGCAUUAUUUGGAUGGUUGGAAAUGGUCUAAAAGCGCCUCUUUACAACUUAAACACUACACCUGAUGUGAAAGAGCUACUAAUGCGCUGCUGGAGUUUCCUGGACACAAAUCGUCCGUCAUUCACCGAGAUUCUUGCCUCACUCAAUGCACUUCCACGAAAGCGACUUGACAGAAGCCCUUCCUUCCCGGCUAUUCGUAGCUAUGAAGCGAUCUUCUGA